AUGGGNGAACCCCGGGGUGGGCACGGGGCCGUCCUGCCGAACCCCGGGAUGGGCACGGGGCCCUCUGGUGAACCCUGGGAUGGGCACGGGGCCGUCCUGCCGAACCCCGGGAUAGGCACGGGGCCGUCUGGCGAACCCCGGGAGCCCGGAGGUAGGGGCCUGGAGGAGCCCCUCGGAGGGGCCGGGCCCCGGCUGAGGUCAGCGUUGGCACCGCUGGUUCGCAGUGGCCCGGGAGGGAGGUUUCCCUCCUUGCUCCCGCCGGGGGCGAAGCGGUGGGAAAGCGGCUGCUUCCUCCCGGGAGCUGAGCUGGGGGCAGCCCCCCGAGACUUUCCCGGUCCUUCUGCGUCCCUCCCCGGCUCGGCCCCGGCCCCUCCUCGGGCCUCCAGCUGCCCCCUGACCUGGAGGGAAUCCUUAGCCUGUUUUCUGGCCCAGCCUGGCGAGGGCCAGCAGCCACCCGGCGACGAGAAAGAGCUGAUCCGCCGGGCCAUCCAGAAGGAGCUCAAAAUCAAGGAGGGUGUGGAGAACCUGCGGCGGGCGGCCACAGACCGCCGCCACCUGGGCCACGUGCAGCAGCUGCUCCGGUCCUCCAACCGCCGCCUGGAGCAGCUGCAGGGGGAGCUCCAGGAGCUGCAUGCCCGCAUCCUGCUGCCAGGGCCCCCGGCUGAACCUGCGGCCCCGGGACCCCGGGCUCCGGCGGAGCAGUCACGGGCCCGGCAGCUGGAGGCUCUGCAGAAGCAGCUGCAGGUGGAGCUGAAGGUGAAGCAGGGGGCCGAGAACAUGACCCACACCUGCGCCAGGGGCACGCCCAAGGAGAGGAAGCUCCUGGCAGCUGCCCAGCAGAUGCUGCGGGACAGCCAGCUGAAGGUGGCCCUGCUGCGAAUGAAGAUCAGCAGCCUGGAGGCCAGCGGGUCCCCUGAACCAGGUCCUGAGCUGCUGGCGGAGGAGCUGAGGCAUCGGCUGUGCAUUGAGGCCGCCGUGGCCAGAGGGGCCAAGAAUGUGGUGAAGCUGCUGGGUGGCCGGCGAACACAGGACCGCAAGGCGCUGGCCGAGGCUCAGGCCCAGCUCCAGGAGUCCUCCCAGAAACUGGACCUCCUGCGGCUGGCCUUGGAGCGGCUGCUGGAGGGCCUGCCUCCUGCCCACCCUCUGCGCGGCAGAGUGGCCCGGGAGCUGCGGACUGCGGUGUCUGGGAGCCCCCAGCCUUCAGGGAUGCUUGUAAAGCCAGUCGCCUUGACAGGGACGCUGCAGGUCCACCUCCUGGGCUGUGAGCAGCUGCUGACAGCCGUGCCCGGCCGGUCCCCGGUGACCGCACUGGCCGGGAGCGCCUCCCACGGCUGGCUUCGGGGCAGGGCCAGGCAGGAGCGUGGCGGAGGCGAGCUGGCCAGUGAGGUGCUGGCUGUGCUAAAGGUGGACAAUCGCGUCGUGGGACAGACGGGUUGGGGGCCGGUGGCCAAGCAGUCCUGGGACCAGACCUUUGUGAUGCCCCUGGACCGGGCCCGGGAGCUGGAGAUCGGGGUGCGCUGGCGGGACUGGCGACAGCUGUGCGGCGUGGCCUUCCUGCGGCUGGAGGACUUCCUGGACAACGCCUGUCACCAGCUCAGCCUCAGCCUGGUCCCGCAGGGGCUGCUCUUUGCCCAGGUAACCUUCUGUGACCCCGUCAUUGAGAGGAGGCCCCGGCUACAGAGGCAGAAACGCAUUUUCUCUAAACGCAGGGGUCAGGACUUCCUGAGGGCGUCCCAGAUGAACCUCAGUGUGGCAGCCUGGGGGCGCUUGGUCAUGAACCUGCUGCCUCCCUGCAGCUCCCCAACCACGAUCAGCCCUCCCAAAGGGCGCCCCCAGGCCCCCGCCUCACCUCGGGGGGCUGCCAGCCCUGCCUCACCCAGUCAUUUCCCACCCAAAAAGACUCUCCUCCGAGAAGAGAUGAGGCCCCCCCCCAAGCCCCCCCGCCUCUACUUGCCCAAGGAGCCAACGCUCGAGGAGACGCCGCGCACCAAACGCCCCCACAUGGAGCCCAGGACUCGACCCAGGGCAUCUCUGCCAGCCUCAGCCACCAGGAAACCGCUCCGGCUCCAGGACUUCCGCUGCUUGGCCGUGCUGGGUCGGGGACACUUUGGGAAGGUUCUCCUGGUGCAGUUCAAGGGGACAGGGAGAUAUUAUGCCAUCAAAGCCCUGAAGAAGCAGGAGGUGCUGAGCCGGGACGAGAUGGAGAGCUUGUACUGCGAGAAGCGAAUCCUGGAGGCUGUGGGCCGCACGGGGCACCCCUUCCUGCUGUCCCUCCUGGCCUGCUUCCAGACCGCCAGCCACGCCUGCUUCGUGACCGAGUUCGCGCCGGGCGGCGACCUCAUGAUGCAGAUCCACGAAGACGUUUUCCCUGAGCCCCAGGCCCGGUUCUACCUGGCCUGCGUGGUCCUGGGGCUGCAGUUCUUGCACGAGAAGAAAGUAGUUUACAGGGACCUUAAGUUGGACAAUCUUCUGCUGGAUGCCGAGGGUUUCCUGAAGAUUGCGGACUUUGGACUAUGUAAGGAAGGGAUCGGCUUUGGGGAUCGGACCAGCACCUUCUGCGGCACCCCGGAGUUCCUGGCCCCCGAGGUGCUGACCCAGGAGGCCUACACGCGGGCUGUGGACUGGUGGGGGCUGGGCGUGUUGCUCUACGAGAUGCUGGUGGGCGAGUGCCCUUUCCCGGGGGACACCGAGGAGGAGGUGUUCGACUGCAUCGUCAACGCCGAGGUCCCACGGCCCCGCUUCCUGUCGGCGCAGGCGCUGGAGCUCAUUCUGCAGCUCCUCCAGAAGUGCCCGGAGAAGCGCCUGGGGGCAGGUGAGCAGGACGCCGAGGAGAUCAAGACACAGCCUUUCUUCAGGACCACCGACUGGCAGGCUCUGCUUGCCCGUGCUGUCCAGCCCCCCUUCGCACCCACCCUCUGUGGCCCCACGGACCUGCGCUACUUCGAGGGCGAGUUCACGGGGCUGGCGCCCGCCCUGACCCCACCGGACCCCCGCAGCCCCCUCACUGCUCGCCAACAGGCCGCCUUCCGGGACUUCGACUUCGUGUCAGAGCGGUUCCUGGAGCCCUGAGGGCCUUUCCCCACGUCCUGUCCUGUCCCCCAGACUGUUAGAGCCUCAC